CAGCGAGGGCGAGAGCGACGCGGGGGCGGGGGCGGGGGCGGGGCCGCGGGCGCGCGCGACGGGCGCCGACUCGCCCCUCAGCGCGCACUCGCGCUCCUCGUCCAGCGCGUCGCUGCCCUGCCUGCGCGUCGACGAGUCCUGGUACGUGACGCCGCCGCCGUGCUUCACGUCCGCGGGACCCGUCCACAUGGAGACCUCCCCGCUGGAGGACCUGCUCAUCGAGCACCCCAGCAUGUCGGUGUACCGCCAGCACCCAGCGGCGGCGCCGCCCUCACCCUCGCCUUCGCCCUCGCCUUCGCC